AUUAUUUAAUCGCGUAGCGUUAUUUUUCCAGUCUUGUAUUACAACGCCAAGAGAAGAAAUUACACGUGGAGAUCUAAGAAACAUAUAGUGUUUUCAGUUCAGCUUUGGCACGUAAAAUGAAGUGUUACAUUUAUUACAUCAUUUUGGUUAUAUUCGCAAGGCAUACAUUCGAAACCGGAGAAAUGAACUAUACUGGUCCUUUUAAAGGCAUACGGAAACUUAAUGGAGGCGAAAACGAACGCGAAAACAGAGAUACAUCUCCACAACAGAAUAUCAGUAUCAAAACUGAAAAUGAAAUGGAGAAAAAAACAUGUGAUCAGAAAAUGCGCACGUGUAAGGACAGAUGCGGUGUGCCGAAAAAUACGAGCAGUCUCAGUGAUUUUUACUGCCAAUGUGACGACAAAUGUGCCCACUACCAAGACUGUUGUGCUGAUUUUGAGAGCGAGUGCAGCAUCAACUACAACAACACAAAAUAUGGUGAAUUGACGAGUGGGGAAAGAUCUAAAUAUGGUUGUAUCAAAAUAAGCCAAACAGAGAUGUUGUACAUGGACCAAACGUGUGCAAGCGAGCAUUUUGGGACUGAUUUAGAAGAAAAAUGUAGGAACAGAAAUACCCUCCUCAGUUUAUUACCAGCAUCUGACGUCGAAACAGGUAUACAGUAUAGCAACAUAUUUUGCGCAAGAUGUAACAAUGUCAAGUCUCCUGUAUUGUGGCAGACAAAAUACAGGUGUAAUCGAAACGUAUUGGAUAAGUCGGAUUUUCAGAACCCUGGACCAAAUACCUUAACGAGAGUUAUGAAUUCCCCUUUUUGUUCUGUUGAGUAUAUCGCUCCUUCAAAUGAUAAACUACAACCGAGGCCAUGCAUACCAACUAUCCAUACAUGUCCGGAUGGAACAGAUCGUUUGUUGGCCUAUCGGUGUGCGAACUCUAACUUAGACCCUUAUUCUACAUACAAACAAAAAUACCAUGCCUAUCAUAACUGGUAUUGCCUCAUAUGUACAGAAACUGAACGUCCAUUGCCUUCGUGUACCGUACGAUUGAGUCAUCUAAGGAGCCCAAACUUACCCUUGUUUUCGUUUAAAAUAAUGGUGGAUGUGACAUCUGAGAAUGGAAUAAGACUGAGGUCUCAAGCUGGUCAUGGCAUCAAUGGAUUGGAUGUUGAGGUAGGAUGUAACUCGGACAAUAUUUGCAAGGCUUUAACUUGCCCAAAAGCGUAUGUACGAGAUGGGAAUGAAUGCAAAUUGGUUAGCACCAUUGUUCCAGUACAAAUCAACUGCUAUUUCUUCAUUGAACCGGAAGAGCAUGUAUUUCAUGUCAUCAAGACUUAUAUCAAACAAAUUUUUGAUCUAGUUGGUUUGAUUUUAUUCCUACAACAUCGCGAUUAUGAUGAAUUCACGUUCAAUACAUCUUUCCCCGAGAACUACACAUCGCCUCAAAUUUACAAGAAAAUGGCAUCAGACUCUGAACGCAUGAAAGAAAAAGCUGGAAUUGCACAGCUUAAGGACAUCAAUAUCACGUAUGAUGUGUCGUUUAUAAAACAUAAGAUCAGUCAUGCCACGGAAAAGGUGACAAAUAGUGGAUUUCAAACCGGUUCCGGAAUGACAUGGAUGUUUUACAUAGUUUUGUUCAUGAAAAUAUGUUAAAAGAACAUGUUGUAAUCAAUUUCAUGUCUCAAAUGGACAAUACAGUUUAAGUUGAAUAGAAAAUUGGAACGAAACCUUACAGCGUAUAAAUCGCAUAGCUACAGAUGUACGUGUAGCUUUCUCGCUUAGCAGGGGGCUGCUCGUAAUGAUGUUCAUUGUUUAAUGAAUCCACUCAGUAAAAUUACGAUUCCUCUGCACCAUUAAAUCAUUCGAGUACCUAUGUGUUCCUGAGACAUUUAAACAUCCGGGAAUGUUAACGUUCACCCAAAUUUCCUUCGUUACCUUGACGAAAUUUAUGACUUAAAUCGAGAACACAAUAAUUUAGAGACACAAUGAAUUGCAAGUGAAAGCUUUUUACAAAAUUGUUCCAGGGACUCUAAACUACUUGGCUAAGGUUUUAUUUGAAGAUACAAUGCCUUAUUAAGCAGGUAAAGGUGGUAUACAGAACACUGAAGGAGGACACACCAUUGGUCCGAAUGCCAAUUGCCCGAAUUCAAUGGUAAUAAUCGUAUUGGUGCAAAUCCCAAUCGUCCAAAUUCAAUGGUAAGAAUCCUAUUGGUGCGAAUCCCAAUCGUCCAAAUUCAAUGGUAAGAAUCCCAUUGGUGGAAUUCCAAUCGUCCAAAUUUAAUGGUAAGAAUCCUAUUGGUGCAAAUCCCAAUCGUCGAAAUUCAAUGGUCACUGGGGGGUAUCGUGAUGCAACAACACUGUGUUGUUGCAUCAAGAUGGCCAGACUUCCGGUGAUAGAUUUUCGUACGAUGUUUUGUUUUCUCAAUUUACACCCAUUUCUAGGGCGAGUUGCUCGAUAAUCAUACAGAUGCAGUUAGCGCAUGAUCUAUAUUUUAAAAAACUGUCAUUGGUAUACAUGUAGCAUCAUCAAGAAGCGAUAAAUUCGUGGUUUUAAUUCCUCACUAUUGAUGCAACAACACCACUCUGUUUCUUAUCGAUGAUGCAACAACACCAAUGUGCUGAUGUAAAAACGCCAAUAUAAUGUAUCAUUGAACAACAAGAGAAACUGUUUUAUGUUCUGUUUACAGGUGUAGGUCGGGACAUGAAUAAAACGCGUGAGUCAGUGGUCCAUGAACGAAACGUAUUUUGUUUGGUUUCUUUGUCUAUAUCAAAAUUAAAAGGAUAUACAAGGCAAACUAAACUAGAUUUGUAAAUUGAACAAAGUUCAAUUUAAGACUCCAGAUUGUUUGAUUUGACCUAGAUAGCUGAGUAAGUAGCCCAGUAAGAAGCUGUGUAGAAAGCUGAGUAAGUAGCUAAAUAGGUAGCUGAGUAAGUAGCUAAGUAGAUAGCUGGGUAGUUAUGAAGGAAUUUUUGAAAGUAUAUUUCAUCGAUCUGCAUUCUGGAUACUGGCAUAGAAUCUUAACUGAAAUUCGAAUUUCAAUUUCGAUUUUAGAUUCAGAUUCCUGAGAAAAUUCUACCCUUAAUUCAUAACUCAUAUGUUAAAUUUGAAUUUUUUUUUAUUUUGACCUACUUUUCGGACACCAUAUCUCAGAAGUGGGCCAAAAUACUUUCUGACGGCAAAAGGCUAACACUAUUAGCACACUCUUUGCUACCUGU